AUGAAGAUAACCGGGCUUAUUUGCCUCGUGAGCUUUUCACUCGUCGGAUUGGUAACAUGCCAGCGGAUUAGAUGUGGCGCCAAUGGGACAUACGACUAUGUCGUAGUUGGUGGGGGUAAUGCCGGGAGCGUUGUUGGCACUCGUUUAGCGGAAGCUGGAUUUAGUGUGUUGAUCCUGGAAGCUGGAGGAAACUACCAAACCUAUUUACCCGCGUUGGAAGUCCCCAUCAAUCUGGGCCUCGCGGGUGGAACAGGGAUCGAGGGAAUUGAUAAGAACGUUGACUGGGGCUUUGUGACGCAGCCUCAACCUGGCACAAAUAAUCGCGAACUUCACUAUGCUCGGGGCAAGUGCUUAGGGGGAUCGACCGCAUUGAAUGGCCUAAUCUAUCAGAGGGGAACCAAGGAGUCGUACAAAAGAUGGGCCGAUAUGGUUCAUGACUUCAGCUUCGAGUGGGACAAUAUACUUCAUUACUUCGAGCGCAGCGUUCGUUUUACACCACCGAAUCAAUCCAAGCGCCUUCAAAAUGCGACCACCUCGUUCAAUGAUCAAGUGUUUGCGAAAGACUCUAGUCCGUCAUUGAUCGAUGUGUCAUAUCUUAACUUCGUGGCACCAUUCUCCACUUGGUUUAUCAAGGCCAUGCAAGCAGCAGGGAUUAAAGAGAUCCAAGACUUUAAUAGUGGUCAGCUUUUGGGGACUCAAUAUUUGAGCUCAACCGUUUCUCCCAGUACUGAGCAACGAAGUAGUGCCGACUUCAUUCUUGCGGGCGCGCAAACCAGCACACUCAAAAUCUGCGCCCAUACUAUGGCCCAACAAGUGUUGUUCGACGAUGCCAAAAACGCAAUUGGUGUGCAAGCUGAAUACAAAAAUCUCUCAUUUACUGCAAUUGCAAGAAAAGAGAUUAUUGUCUCUGCCGGUGCUUUUCAAUCUCCGCAGCUAUUGAUGAUAUCUGGCAUUGGGCCGAAAGACACCCUGGACUCUAUGCUGAUUCCCAUUGUUGCCGAGUCUCCUGGAGUUGGGCAAAACCUGUGGGAUCACAUUUUCUUUAGCGUCUCGUACCCGGUCUCAGUAGACACAUUCACUCGAUAUUUUACGGAUCUCGAAUACCAAACAAAUCAGACUUUACAGUAUCUGGCCACCCAAGCCGGCGCUCUCUCCGGAGGUCUCGACCUCAUUGGUUGGGAAAAAGUACCCAGGAAGUAUCGAUCUGAUUUUCCUCAAUCAACACUUGAUGAUUUGGCACAGUUCCCAGCUGACUGGCCGGAGGUUGAGUUGCUUUCGGGAAACUUUUUCAUCAGUAAUUACAGCAAUGUGGCCUCCCAACAACCUAAGGAUGGACGCCAAUAUGCAUCAAUCUUGGGAGCGCUGGUGGCUCCCACAUCCCGCGGAAACAUCAGCAUACUCUCGUCUAGUAUUUAUGACCAGCCCAAGAUCCAUCCCAACUGGCUAGCCACUGAGACGGACCAACAAGUCGCAGUGGCAGCUUUCAAGCGGAUCCGGGAUAUGUGGCAGAAAGAUCCCCUUCGGGAAAUCGUUGCGGGAAAUGAAGCCUAUCCUGGAGCAGAAGUAGUUUCUGACGAGCAGAUUCUCAAUGCAAUUCGAGAGUCAGUUGUUCCGGUCUGGCAUGCGUCGGGCACUUGUAAGAUGGGCUCACAUGAUGACGCCCUGGCUGUUCUGGAUAGCCAGAGUCGCGUUCGUGGUGUCAAUCGGCUUAGGGUUGUGGAUGCUAGUGCAUUCCCAUUGUUGCCACCCGGGCAUCCUCAGAGCACUGUUUAUAUGCUGGCAGAGAAAAUUGCGGACAAUAUUCUAGCAGGCAUAUAA